UUUUUAUCGGUGAUUCAGUGAUGAUUAAUACUAGACCAAAUUAGAAAAAUCUCGAAUUCCGCGUUCGACGUUUCUAAUAUAAACCGCAGAUAAGCUCCUUCUUCGACUCGCUGCAUUCUUUGUUGUUUGGUUUCGUCUUGCUCUCGUCGACGAUCAUGACGACCUCAAGGCGGAUUGCAGACAAAAAAAUAGCAGCUUUUCAGAAGAAUAUCAUAAAGAGGGGUUCUGUUCCUGAGACGAGGGCAAAGAAGGGAUCUGACUAUCCUGUUGGACCAGUUAUGCUUGGCUUCUUCAUCUUUGUGGUCAUCGGAUCCUCCAUCUUUCAGUUUAUCCGAAUGGCCACGGGUGGCGGGGCAGCUUGAAGAUAGUAAAUGGUAUUUUAUAUUAAGAGCAAAAAGUAUUAUUGAAAAUGCCUAGCUUUGUCAAACUGUUACAUUUACAUUUUCUUUUAGUUCUGUCUCAUGAUCCCAUAAUGUAGAACAUCAUCAGUUUCCAUCAAUGACAUUAUGAAAUUUAUAUUUUA